AUGGCUUUUGAGCUUGAAAAUGAUCAGUUAAGAGUCUUCUUUCUCCCUUACUUCCUAGCAGGCCACAUGAUCCCAAUGGUAGACAUAGCCAGACUAUUCGCCGCUCACGGCGGCGCCGACGUAACCAUCGUCACCACCGCCGCCAACGCCGCCACUUUCCAAAACUCCAUCGACCGCGACACCGAAGCCGGUCACCGAAUCAGAACACACCUCCUCCCUUUCCCUUCAUCCCAACUCGGCCUCCCCGACGGCGUCGAGAAUAAAAACGUCGCCGUUUCAGCGCACAUGUGUAGCCAAAUCUCCCAAGGCAUCGCACUGCUCAAAGAACCAAUGGGACAGUUGCUCCGCCAAGCCCGGCCGGACUGCAUAGUCAGCGACAUGUUCCACCCUUGGACCGCCGACGUGGCGCUCGAGCUCGGAAUUCCCAGGCUGGUUUUUGACGGCAGCAGCUAUUUCCAAUUCUGCGCUGCUUCGGCGGCUACCGUAAGUGGUGAAAACGACGUCGUUUCGCUACAGGGUUUGCCGCACAAGGUUGAGUUGCUUAAAUCGAAGAUACCGGAUUGGAGUGGAUUUGGGUCUUCUUUCAUGGAAGCAUUGGCAGAUUCGAGGAAGAAAUCUUAUGGAGCUAUCGUGAACAGCUUCUCCGAGCUCGAAUCUGAUUACGAAGACCAUUUUCGAAACAAGCUUGGCUCAAAAGCAUGGAGUUUAGGACCGGUUUCUUUCUGGGUUAACAAAGAUUUCUCAGACAAAAUAGAAAGAGGCAACAACAAGAAGAAGAACAACGUUAACAACCAAGAUUUGAUAAACUGGUUGGAUUCGAAAGAAGAAAACUCAGUUCUUUACGUUAGUUUCGGGAGUCUCACGAGGCUCCCGACGACACAGCUCGUGGAAAUCGCUCAUGGUCUCGAAGCUUCGGGUCACCAGUUCAUCUGGGUAAUCAACGAGAAAGAGACCCAAGAAGAAGAAAUAGAUCGAAGCGGAGCACUGUUUCUGGAGAGUUUCGAGGAAAGAAUGAAGAGAAACCAAAAGGGUUUGAUAAUAAGAAAGUGGGCACCGCAGUUGCUGAUUCUAGACCACCCGGCGAUCGGAGCUACGGUGACUCAUUGCGGUUGGAACUCGAUCCUCGAAGCAGUGACGGCGGGCUUGCCGAUGGUGACGUGGCCGCUGUUCGCAGAGCAGUUUUACAACGAGAAGCUUUUGACGGAGGUGGUGAGGAUUGGAGUGGGCGUGGGAGUCGAGCGGUGGAGCUUUGACUGGUGGCGUGUGAGUGAAGAGACGGCGGCGGCGGUUGGGAGAGAGAAGGUGGAGAAGGCGGUGAGGUUUGUGAUGAGCGAUGAGGAAGAAGAGGCUUUGGAGAUGAGAAAGAGAGCGAAGAAGCUUUCGGUGGCUGCGAAAAUGGCGGUGGAGAGUGGCGGUUCGUCUUGGUCAAACUUGGUGGCUUUGGUUGAUGAGCUUAAGUCUUUGAAGAUUCAGCCAUAG